CUUUAUCUCUAUUCACUCGGACAGACUCUCGGUCGCUGCUAUGCAUGGACCUCCUCAACUACGCUGAUUCCGACUCGGAACCGGAACCCUCAAUUGUACCCACCGAAUCGGCGAUUAUAGGCAAACGGUCGAGGUCGAGCAGCACUGAAGAUGCUAAGCGUGAAACCAGGCCGAACGGGAGCUCGAAUUUGGAUACGGGCAAGAGGAGCAAGGUCGAAGACGAAGUGAUCAAGAAACCAAGGAAAUUGCUGCCCAAGCUCAACUCGACCUUUCAGACGGCCCCGAUCGAUGAUCCAAGUCUGCAUCAAGGCCGGACCCGAGCUCGACCUUGGGUUCAAGGAGAUUACCCCGCACACGUCUACCUCGAGCUCAAGCUAGGCAAGGCGCUGAAAAAGGUCUUGAAGGAGAUCAUAGUCCAGGCUCAAGCAUGGAUCGAUGACGAAGCCGGAACAGGGAAAUUUCUGAUCCAUCCCAUCUUUGAAGGCGGGACGGAGAAGAUCUCAACCCCGACAAGCGAAGGAGAAAGCCAGACUUUAGCCUUGCCUGGGGACCUCGACCUCGCAAUUCAGGCGAAGAACAAGAAAGUCAUGACCCCUGAAGCUACUCCUAGACCCCCUCAUUCCAACCUGCACAUCUCCUUGACCCACCCAUUACCUCUGCGGACGUCUCAAAUCCCUCUCCUUCUCACGCAUUUACGUUCUCAACUGGGUCGGACUGGUCAAGUCAACGCCGAUGUCACAAGCGGGGUCGUAGAACGUAGUCCGCUCAAGGUCGGAUUGGAAGGAGGUUUCCGCGCGUAUACGAACGGGACUCAGGCCGACAAGAUCAGGGCCGACUUCAACGCUGGACAGGCGGCAUCAUCGCGGGUCGACGAAAAGGAAGGACGCGAUAAUGAGAGUGGAGCAGGGAGUGAGUCGGGGAGGCAUGGAACGGGGAGCAAGAGUCGAGGGUUUCUUGCGCUCGGGGUCGGGGUCGGUCAUGAACAGCUCCAACGUAUACAAGACCGUAUCAUCCACCCUUUCUUGAAGACACACCACCUGCCUCUAUACCACCUCGACCCAGAAUUCCAUACCUCGUUCGCCUGGUCCCUCUUGUCUCGCGACGCGCGAAAGGAGAGCCCUUUCCACCCGGGUCUGGUGAGUCGGCUGGAGGAACAAUUUGGCGGGGAGGUAAGGAGGGUGUGUAAGGACGGAUGGGAUGUGAGCGAGGUGAAGGUGAGGGUAGGCAAGGUGGUACAUCGGUUCGAGUUGUAGAUCAGAAAUCUCGAAUCGGUGAAAACAUAUCAUGCGACAUAGCGAUCACGUGACCCAUGCGAGGGGGUGUAAUUCGUGGUUUGCGCGAAACUGCAAUGAUGCGCUUUUAUCGCCCAAGAGCGGGAAAUAGUGAAUAGGGG